AUGUAUCGAGGACCUGAUGCUGCUAAACAUUUUGUAUCAGCGUUGGUGGAUAUUGGAAAGCAAGUAUCAGAUAUCAUGAAAAUUAACAUCGAAAUGAAUCCUCUAACUUCUGAGGAACAACAUCGUUUCAAUACCACAAAACAUUGCGACUCGUGUUUAAUAGAGUUUACCGAUAAAAUAGUAAAAGUCAAGGAUCAUAAUCAUUGGACGGCAAAAUUUCGAGCUGUUUUAUGNCAUAGUCAUUGGACGACAAAAUUUCGAGCUGUUUUAUGCCACAAGUGUAAUUUACAACGACGAUAUUCCGCUUUCAUACCAGUUAUCAUGCAUGGUCUUUCAUACUAUGACUCGCACAUGAUAAUACCAGAAAUGGCUUACGACGAUAAAGACAUUACUGUUAUAGCACAAUCCGAAGAAAAAUAUAUUUCGUUCACGAGUUUGUAUCAACUUACAACCACCUUGACUUUACCUGAUUUUGCACAUACAUUAAAUGUCUUUAAAUCGUUGGAGUUGGUCACACGGAAAUCGGUUUUCCCAUACGAAUACGUAGACAGUUGGGAAAAACUCGACGAAAAUCAGUUGCCAACCCGCGAAAAUUUUUACAGUUCCAUUACGAAAAAUACAGUAUCCGAAGAGGACUAUGAACAUGCAAAAAAAAUGUGGCAACACUUUGAAUGCAAAACUAUUGGUGAUUAUAGUGACAAGUAUUUACUUGUCGACGUUAUGGUACUUGCUGACAUAUUUGAAAAGUUUCGCGCGGAGAGUUUAAAAAAUUAUUCUCUGGAUCCCACUCAUUAUUACUCAUGUCCAGCCCUAUCAUUUGAUGCUAUGUUAAAAUAUACUGAUGUCAACAUUGAAUUGAUAACAGACCCAGAUAUGUUAUUAAUGUUUGAAUUGGGUAUACGUGGAGGUUUGACACAAGUCAAUCAGCGGUAUGCUCGAGCAAAUCAUCCAGGUAUCUCUGACUACAAUCCCAAUAUUCCACAUAAAUAUCUUCAAUACCUAGAUGCUACAAAUUUAUAUGGAACAGCAAUGAUGGAACCGAUGCCACAUGGUAAUUUUGAAUGGUCACCUGUUACAUUGGAGGAAAUACUUGACACAGCUGAGGAUGCUGAUCAUGGAUAUCUUGUGCAAGUCGAUGUAGAUUAUCCACAACAUUUACAUGAUUUACACAACGAUUUACCAUUUUUUCCGGUAAACGAGCGACCACCUCUACCGUCUGCCAAAUACAAAAAACUGAUGACCACAUUGUUUCCAAAACGUAAUUACGUUGUACACUAUCGAACAUUAAAGCAAGCGGUAAAACACGGUGUGGUUAUCACAAAACUGCAUAAAGUCAUAAAGUUUAAACAAUCUCGAUGGUUGGCACCCUACAUCCAAAUGAAUACAGAAUUACGUAAAAAAGCCUCCAACAAGUUUGAACAAGAUCUACCAAAAUAUAUGAUCAACUCCAACUAUGGUAAAACAUUGGAAAACGUGAGAAAACAUCAAAAUAUUCAACUUGUUUGUAACGAAGAUAAAUUAUCAAAACUGGUAGCGAAACCGUCGUUUGGUCACACCACAAUAUUUAAUGAAAACCUUGUAGCUGUACACAUGUAUAAAGAAAAAAUUAAUUUUUUUAAACCCAUUUUUAUUGGACAGGCCGUGUUGGAUAUUAGUAAAUGNGAACACAUGUAUAAAGAAAAAAUUAAUUUUUUUAAACCCAUUUUUAUUGGACAGGCCGUGCUGGAUAUUUGUAAAUGUAUCAUGUACAAGUUUCAUUAUGAUGUAAUGCAACCAUUUUAUGGUCCUGAAAGACUUAGACUCGUGUAUAUGG